AUGACAGAGCGGAGCGGGGACAGUCCAAUGGGGAUGGCGAAUCCGCCGGUGGCUGUCAGAGGCAGUGGCGCGUGGACCAAGUGGAGUGUGACUCAGCAUGACGUGUUUCGGUCCGACGCUGACGUGGCUGGCUAUGGCGCUGACAGAGGCUGCGGCAUGCUGAUGCCACAGCUGAGAUUGACCGGCGAAUCAGGAGAAGGCGAAGGAGUUGGGAAUAAGCGAUACGAGAUCGCAGAACGGCCACAAGUGACGCUGGCGCUAUUGGGUGAGGGAGACUGGUCGAAGCGGAGACGGGUGGAGGAGAUGACGUGUCAUCACGGUGAAGAAGCGCGUUCAAGUUAUGACUUUUGGAGAAACGAGACACUUGUUGUCGAAGAGCCUCUUAACGAGUCCCUUAGUGGGGAACCUUCCGGGCCGCAUCAUUUCAAGUCGAAUUCAGUGGUCAGCGAAAGCGGCUCGAGCCGCUCACCCGACUCUCCACGCGAGCCGCUUGUCCUAUUCGGAAGACCGUUAAAAGCAACGGACGACACGGGCCAUGCAACGGGUGCCACAGCAACCGACGCCGCCGCUUCUCCUGCUUUUGCCGGCGUCACAACUCCCCCGUCCACUCCUGCUUCUGCCGGCUGCACUCGGUCGUGCGGGCCUGACGUGGCUGCAGACGAGUGUGACGCUGAGGUGGCAGCUGACGUGUCAGCGAAGGAGAGCGAGCCGGUUGCGACAGCUGCGGCUGUUCUCGAAUUCUCAGCAGCACCUGAAUCAAUGGCUGGAGCGGCGGCAGCAGCAGCAGCAGCAGCAGCCGAGGAGAAUCACGCCGUUAAUCGUCGAACCAGCUCGAAUCUUGGCGUCCGCAGCGCCCCCGGCGGCGGCGCCCCCGUCGGCAGCGCCCCUGGCGGCGGCGCAGUGCGCGGGAUCGGCAAGCUGGGGCGGCGGUUCCGCGGGAUCCGCCAGCGCCUGUGGGGGCGGUGGGCGGCGGAGGUGCGCGACCCGUUCGCGCGGCGCCGCCUGUGGCUAGGGAGUUUCGACUCCGCGGAGGAGGCCGCGCGCGCGUACGACGUCGCGACGCGGCGAUUAAGAGGCCCCUGGGCUAAGACUAACUUCCCGCUGGACCCGCGCGACCCGGAGGAUAAGGAGCAGCUGGCGCGCAUGGCGGUGGCGGUGGCGGCGUGCGCCAAGGGGCGGUACCGCACGAAGCUGGCGGCGUGGCGGAAGCUGUGCGGGCCGGUAGAGGUGGCGGGGGUGGUGGUGACUGGCGGAGAUGCGGAGGAGCGUGCUGAGCAGCACUACCAGCAGCUCUACCACCACUAG